UUUGCAUCAAAUCCAUUCUGCAAACUUCCAGACAGACCUUUUUCUCUCUCAUCUCUUUCUCUCUCCUCCAAUUUCUAUUUGAUAGGCCCCAAAUUCCCCACUCAUCAACCCUAGAACUACUCAAUUUCCUCGAAUUUUCCCGGUGACUCUGGAAAUCCUUCGUUUCUGUGAACGAUGUUGCAGUUCUUCUUCACGGUGGCUUUCUCUGCAGUACCUUUGACUCUCUAUGUUCCGCCUCUCCGGAGCUUCAAUCUCUUCGUCGAGACCAUGGAGGAGAUACUUCGCGAGUCCAGAACGUAUACCAAUCGGGUCUAUCCGCGGGCUCGGCAUGUUUGGUUUAGGGUUUUGGAUUGUGUUCUUUGCAGCACCAGGUAGAUGAUUGUUUUUCUUUUUCUAGGUUUCAAAGUUCACGACUCCGAUCUCUCUGUAUAUACCCUUCCUUCGAUUAUCUCUUUUGUUUGAUAAGAUUUGGAUGAGUGUGGUUGUGGUGCUGAUGAUACUGUUCUUGCGGGAUUCUGUUGUUAAUUGCUGAAUGUAACAUGUAAGAGGAGGAUAUGUUUCGAGUUAAUUUUCAGGAAAAUAAAGAGCUGAUGUUCACGCUAA